GUUCUUGAUACCGGGGUUGAACAACCAACUUAAUCUUGAGCUGGGAGGUGUCGAUCCUCGUCGGAGUCCGGAGUAAAACCUUCGGCGGUUAUGCUCGUUGUGUACCCAUGCUUGGAUUGAUGAUACUAGAAAAAGCUCCAUUGACGGGGCACCAAUUCAUCUGUCGUUCAUGAUUCGAAGUUAUAACAGAAAGCACCAACCUAGCAACUGGCUGCUUAUUCUUCCACUUCAUGGUAAGGACGCGCCGAGCAACGAUAACGAAGCAGUCAUCUGGCUCUUGUCGCUCCGCAGAACCAGCGUCAACAUCAGAACCAGAAGAGUCUUUUUCGUGACACCGACUGCCACUGUCUUUGUGACGGCGUUGGCGUUCUCCCUUCUCGCACUCAGGGACCAGGGAUACUGAAUGUCACCCUGUCAACCGUCUGUCCACUCUGGAUGCGACGCAU